AAUUUCAAAGCCAGUCAGACUAUGGCCUUUGAAAGCAUUACACAAAAGGACUGGUAUGAAAUCCUGGGUGCUAAGCCAUCGGAUAGUCUGGCAGAACUAAAACGGAAGUACCAAAAACUCGCUCUAUUAUAUCAUCCAGACAAGCAGAAGGCAGAUGUGCCAGCAGGAGAAGUGGAGGAGCGCAUGCAGAGGUUCAUCGAAAUCGAUCAAGCGUGGAAAAUUCUAGGGAACGAAGAGACAAAAAAAGAGUAUGACCUGCAGCAGCGUGAAGAUAAUGUGACAAAAGAAUGGCCACUACAUGCACAGAUUUCCCUUGAGGAUAUGUCCUGGAAUGAAGAUGAACAAUGUUACACUGUCUCAUGUCGAUGUGGUGGGAAUUACACUGUCUUCAAGAGUGAAACCAAGGACGUAUCUUUGGUUUGUUGUGACACAUGUUCACUCGUAAUCGAGAUCCUUCAAUGAUUGUUUCCAUCAAGCACAUGAAGAGUUACAAACUUGUAAAAAGACUGGACAAACGGGACAGCAUCUGCUAAAGGAAUGUAUGUUAAAGAAAAGGGGACAGGAAUAAAUUCAGUCAGGCUUAAGAAAGGAAACAUGCACAUUAGCUAACAUAGCUCUGCAGAUAUGAGGCUUGGUUUCCCUUCUGCAGCUAAAGAGCUAGUUAAUAAAAACCUCCAGAACAGAA